AGCGAAUUUUACACAGGCAUAUCUGUAGUCAGCGCUCACACAGUACGUCAUACAUUCGCCCGUAGAAGUUACAGACGCCAUUUUGGCUCAAACAAACUGUAUUUCACUAACUAGAAAAAACAUAUUCGUCUGAAUUAAUUGCAUUUUACACUCAACGCAUAAAAGAGACAGCCCGUAAAGUGAGUGUUUACAUGUACUCAAGAUAUUAUUAUCUAUUUUUCUGAAGUGGAAAGUUAAUUUCUUUUUUAUAAUACACCUGCUAAGCCUUAUGCUAGCAGACAGCGACGUGUCAUCGUUGUUUUGUCCCGAUGAUAAAUUACACCUUUGGCGAGUGUUUUUAAAAAUGGGUGGAUGCUCUGCUCCCAACUGCUCGAACUCUACAACUAUUGGAAAGCAGCUCUUUCGCUUUCCGAAAGACCCCGUGCGCAUGAGAAAGUGGCUUGUAAACUGUCGGCGUGAUUUCGAACCAACCCCCUGCUCCAGACUGUGCCAGGAUCAUUUUGAGGAGAGCCAGUUUGAGGAGAUUGCAAGAUCACCAGCAGGGGGAAGGAAACUCAAACCCAAUGCUAUACCCACACUUUUCAAUGUGCCUGACCCCCCCUCUCAUGUCACCCCACAAAUAGUAUUUCCCCUCAAAAAUGAGCCAGUGGAGAAGGACUUGAAUAUGGGGGACCAUGGUUAUGCCCGGCGACAGCCCCCUUUGGACUCAGAAGAGGAUGGAGUUCAGAGGGCAGAGGAGGAGCGACCCUGCUCUCUAUGCCAGCAUUACAAAACCAAGCUGGAACAGCAACAGCAGCACACAAUCAGACUACAGAGAGAGGCAGAGGAGAUGAAGAAACGUCUUUACAAACUGAGCAAAAUAGAAAAGGGGCUGCAGGUGUUCCUGUAUGAGGAUCAGAUACGUGCACUAACAUUAGCCAAGCGCUCUCGUAGAGCAGUGUGGUCCCAUGACACUUUACUGACAGCCCGAAAAAUCCGCUGCACAGUGGGAGUUAAAGGAUAUGAAUACCUCAGGGAACUUGGCUACCCCUUGCCUUCUUACAGGACACUGUGCAAUCGCCUGGAGCCCAAAAUGAUGGUGACCACAAGCAUGCAGGAUGAACUAGCAGAGCUUGGCCUAGGCAUCAUAACUGCUUGCGACAGUCCAGAGGGCAAUGCAACGAGCGAUGAAGGACUCAUUGGAGUUAUGACAUGAGACACUGUCAAUGUAAGACUGCACUAAUGCUUAAGUUGUCUCUUAAACAAGCCAAAGGACUCACAGAGGACAUCUUUGUUUACUGGGUUAAGUUAUUUUGGGUUGUCAAUGCAUUUUAAAACCGUUUGCAUUAAUACCACAACAGUCUGGUGUUGUUUCACUCUUUUCUGUGUUUUUCUUUUUUCCAUGAAGAAAUUAAUAUUUUGGCUUUGCUACAUUUGUCUAAGUACUCCCUUGAUUCAUAUAUUGAAAAAAUUUAGAUAAAUUGUUUGUGGUUUCGUUUUAGCGGUUAGCGGUCAAAUAUGCCCUGUACACCAACAGUUAUCAUUCCAGUUGUUGGAGGACUGACUUAAAUGUAUUGUUAAAGGGAUAGUUCACCCAAAAAUGAAAAUUCUGUCAUCAUUUAGUCACCCUCAUGUUGUUCCAAACCCAUAUGACUUCCUAUCUUCCAUGGAACUCAAAAGAUGUUAGGCAGAAUGUUAAGGACUGACAGCCUCAGUCACCACUCACUUUCACAGCAAGUUUUUUCCAUACAAUGAAAGUGCCUAUUAUCUCCAUUUGUGUUCCACGGAAGAAAGUCAAACAGGUUUGAAACAACAUGAUGGUGAGUAAAUGUAGAAAAAUAGUAACAGAAUUUGCGUUUUUGGUUGAACUAUUCCUUUAAAAAAGCGCAGGCUUGUUUCUAUGAGGGAGUUUGCAACUGAAACGGGGUAUAUGUUAGAUUUGUCAUAACGAUCAUUGUGAAGUCACUAUUUUAAAGUGAAAUCUGAUUAUUUCUUUUCCCAUGUCACAUGUAGUAAAAUUGUUUAGCAGUCAAAUGUAUUCUGUCUCAUAUUAUAGACCCAACACACAAAUGACACAUACGGCUGCCAAACCGAGGGUACUGUUCUGAAUAAUAAACUUCUGUUAGGAAACCAUAAUUUCUGGUUACAUUUUUCCUUUGUAUUCAUGUAAAGAUUUUUCUUUCAUCAGGUGAUUAUUACCAUAGAAACUGCUCUUUGACAUAUUCCUUGACAUUGGUAGAACAACAGUUUUUUAAAAAACUUUAAAGUGGUGCUUCCUCUACAGACAAUUUUUAUCAUCACCUUUAGUGUUCAACUAAAAUGUCAUUCACAGAACACAUUAAAGGAAUAUUCCGAGUUCAAUACAAGUUAAGCUCAAUCGACAGCAUUUGUGGCAUAAUAUUGAUUACAACAAAAUUUUAUUUUGACUUGUCCCUUCUUUAAAAAAAGCAAAAAUCUGCAUUACAGUCAGUCACUUACAAUGGAAGUGAAUGAGGGCCAAUCCGUAAACGUUAAAAUACUCACUGUUUAAAAAGUAUAGCCACAAGACAUAAACAAUAUGCGUGUUGACAUGAUUUUAGUGUGAAAAAAAUUGCUUACUAACCCUUUUCAGUGUAAAGCUAUAGCCAAUUUUACAACUUUGUUGCCAUGAUGAUGUAAUGUAAAUAAAAGUACCCAUUUCUUUCCAUAAGAGCAAAAUCUGUACAUUAUUCCAAACU